GGGAGGUUGUUUUGUUGGCAGGGGCCAACACGAAAAACAGAAGAGAACAUAAAUGAUACAAAAAAUAUAAAUUUAUUCAAUCAACCAAUAAACUACCCGUGUGCAAAGCUGAGCAGCUUCUUGUAGGCCUAACCCCUAAAUUAGGGAGGUCGAGCACUCUGCCUCUUCUGCGACCACCUCGUGUAUCCCGAUGCCUACCCUUUGAGAGCUUCCCAGCACCCACCUCCCGAGGCCACCUGAUUUGCCCUGUUGUCAAACAUAGAAGGGAAGGGAGAAGCAGCAUCCGACAUGGCAGCUAAAGCAGGGGACAACCCAGACAGCCUCAUGGCUCUGUCCACGGCCUUCUGCCUAAGGAACCUGAGGAGGACCAUGUGCUACCUGGGAGAAGGGAACAAGCUCUGCCUGCGCUCAGAUGUCUUCCUGCCCAGCGAGAUCUGUGACAAGCUGGUCAACACAUACAUGGAGCUGGUACAUUCGGACAGUAACUUUGAGCCGCAGGACGGCUUCUUCCAGCUGUUCUCGGACCCGCGCAGCACCAGGCUCACCAGGGUGCAGCUGAGGGAGGACCUUGUGCGGGACAUGGACCUGGAGGCCAUUGGGAAACAGGACUUGAUAGAGCUCCACCUCACCUACUGCAACAGCCUAUCAGCGCGCAGCCUAAAGACUCUGGCCAGCUUCCGCCAGACCCUGGUCUCCCUCAGCCUGUUCGGCUGCAGCCACAUCUUCUACCGCAAGGGUGGCGCUCCGCUGGCGUGCAACGAGGACGACGAGGAAGAGGCGGAGCGGCCGGCCUCCAGACAGGCGCUGGACACAGACUUCAGCUUCCAGGGCUUCAACCGGCUGCGGCUGCUCAACCUGGGGGGUCUGCCUGAAGAGGUGGACCCCGAGGCCCUGCUCAAGCCCCUGCCGGCCCUCAACUCUCUGGACCUGUCCGGGGUGCAGCUGCCCAGGGCUGCCUUCCUGGCCCAGUGGAAGGAGAGGCUGGCCUCGCUGGUGCUUUACAACGUGGACCUGUCAGAGGAGCUGGUCAACACAGUGGUGGAGCUGGGACACCUCAGGCACCUGGAUAUCUCCCGAGAGCGCACCUCCAAGUUCAAAAUGACCCGUAAGAUCCUGACGGCCAUCGUGCAGGGCCUGGUCAACCUGGUGUCAUUGGACAUCUCAGGCCACAUCAUGCUGGACAACUGCACAGUCCCACACCUGGAGGAGGCCAUGGGACGUCCAAGCAUUGAGCCCUGCAAGAGCAGCAUCUACCCUUUCCAGGAGCUGAAGAGGCCUCUGCAGUUUCUGGGGCUCUACAACACCACCCUUUGUAAUGUGACGCACAUCCCUGCGUACAAGGUCACAGGCUCCAAGAAUGAAGACCAGGUCCUGAAUGCCAUCGAGGCCUACACAGAGUUCCGCCCGGAGUUGGCCCACCGAGCAAUCAACCAGCUGUUUGACAUCGCCAGGAUACAGCACUGCAGCCAGCUACUGCGGGCACUUCAGCUGGUGAUUGCUGCGCUGAAGUGCCAUAAGUACGAAAAGAGCGUCCAGGUGACAGGCAGCGCGGCCCUCUUCUACCUGACCAACACUGAGUACCGCAGUGACCAGAGCAUGAGGCUACGCCGGCAGGUCAUCCAGGUGGUGCUCAACGGCAUGGAGCAGUACCAAGAGGUCACGGUCCAGAGGAACUGCUGCCUGACGCUGUGUAACUUCAGCAUCCCCGAGGAGCUGGAGUUCCAGUACAGCCGGGUCAACCUGCUGCUGCUGAAGAUCCUGGAGCCGGCCCGGCAGGACGAGUCCAUCCAGCGCAUUGCCGUGCACCUCUGCAACGCCCUGGUCUGCCAAGUGGACAACCACCACAAGGAGGCUGUGGGCAAGAUGGGCUUCGUCAAGACAAUGUUGAAUCUGAUACAGAAAAAGCUACAGGACAGGACGUGUGACCAGGUGAUGGAGUUCUCCUGGAGCGCGCUGUGGAACAUCACUGACGAGACGCCAGACAACUGUCAGAUGUUCCUCAACUGUAGGGGCAUGAGCCUCUUCCUGGACUGCCUGAAGGAGUUUCCAGACAAGCAGGAGCUCCACCGUAACAUGCUGGGGCUGCUGGGUAAUGUGGCAGAAGUGAGGGCUCUGCGGCCACAACUCCUCACCCCACAGUUCAUCUCUGUCUUCAGUGACCUGCUGGACAGCAAGGCGGAUGGGAUCGAGGUGUCCUAUAACGCGUGUGGGGUGCUGUCCCACAUCGUGUUUGAUGGGCCAGAGGCAUGGGGCAUGGAGGAGCCACUGAGGGACACGGUCAUGGACAAGAUGAUGGCUGCUAUCCAGAGCUGGGAUGUCACCUCCCGCCGGAAUAUCAACUACAGAUCCUUUGAGCCUAUCCUGCGCCUGCUGCCCCAGAGCAUUGCCCCAGUCAGUCAGCACUGGGCCACAUGGGCACUCUUCAACCUGGUGUCAGUCUACCCGAGUAAGUACUGCCCUCUGCUGGUAAAGGAAGGAGGGAUCGUUCUCCUGGAGAAGGUGCUGCAGCUCCAGACAUCACACGAAGAGACCAAGGACAUGGCGCGGAAAGUGAUGGAGCAGUGUGAGAACUUCAAAGAAGACCCCAUGGAAACGGCGAGGUAGACGACGAUCAGCAGAGGUCGACGUCAGGGGAGCAACACCGCUAAACAAACAAAAAGGCAAAACUUCAUAGGAACCCUUCACUAUCUUCUCACCACGAGGGUCAAUUGUGUGCAUCGAUUUACUGUAGAGCAGAGCAACAGUUUUUUGCCUCUCGGCCAGGCUUUCUGGACAGAACCUUGUUAUGCGACACUAUUAGGAAGUUGAGAUAUGGUGCACGGAGUUGGUGUGUGUGUUUUUAUUUGUGUUGCACAUGAUAAGCAUCAUUUGUAUAAUGGAUUUGUGUUCUCUUAUUGGUUUGUUUUGCUUUUUUUUUUGGCGUGCGUGCUUGUCCUCGUUUCAGUGUGAGCACGCCAGAGUGCGUGUGUGUGAGCGUGCUAGAGUGGGUGUAAUGAGUGUGUGUCUGUAUGGAAGGACGUAUGUGUUUAUAAUAAGGAUCAAAACACUGGGGAGAUGUUUGUCUGUCUCUCCCGUUAGUCUCUUCUAUCGGGUCUAGUGAGAGGCCCUCCAUUACAUAAGCUGAGUUUCCAACACAGCAUCAUCAGAGAACAUAAUGCCCAUCAUGCUCCUUCUUAGAAUCCUCGGUCCUCUCAGCGAUUUCUGACAGAGAAAUUCUAAAUGGAUGACGCCAUGAGGUGUUGGAAGGUGGGUUAGUUUUGUCCCAUGCAGCACUGAUCUGUGGACAGUUGAUAUUGCGCAGUGAAGUUGCUAUCUCUGUGGAGGCCUCUACAUCCCAUACUGAUUGAGAGCUUAACCUUGGAGUGUAACCAUGACGAUGACCCCAGCAGAAGUCUUCCUAGAUCCUGUGGCAUGGGGAAGGACUUCGUUUUGUUUUUCGUUGUAGAUAUUUGGAGUUGUCUGUCCCAUCUUUGUUUCUGUCUGUCUGUUUUUAUGAUAUAUGAUUAUAAACACUCCUAUGAUUUAAUCUGUA